UCCAAUCCUGCUCAGCUCUUCACUGCCAUCUCUCCUCAUUUUCCCAUUGCUCACAGUUUGAUUCCUCCUUGCAUGCAUGGAGAUGAACGAGCUUAGCCAGUGGCUUUCCCUGGAGGUCUGGAGAGGCCCCUGCUGGGGACAAGCACCUCGUGCUUGCUAAAGGCAGUGGACUGGGCACCCAGCUGCAAUGGGAUGGUGGUGCCAGCCCUGCAGAGCUCCACAGACAUUGCCCCAGGGGCAGAGCUGUUCCAGGAGGGUUAUUGCAGCCAGGAACUGGGCAAAGGUUGGGAAAGUUGGGCGUAGUCUUGUACUUUCUGCUGCUCUGCUGGGUGCCGUGAGGGACAUCUCUCUUGGCUUGGAAUAAAACACCUGGGGGGCCAACUGCCCCGUGGGGGACUUCUCUCUCAGAUGGGGCUCCCCUUGGACUGCGGCCGCCCCAGCCUCACCGGCCAUGUCAGGGGCCUCCUGAUUUCCCUCGUCACUCUGCUCCUCCUCCAGCUGGGCUCAGCUCAGCUUACAGUGGUGGGACCAGGCCAGCCUGUCACUGCCACCGUGGGGCAGGAUGUCGUGCUGCCCUGCCACUUGUCCCCUCAACGCGAUGCUCGCAGCUUGGAGGUCAGGUGGAUCCGGGACCACAUCUCUGAGACAGUCCACCACUACCGCAAUGGAGAGGACCUGUACGGGGAGCAGAUGGGGGCAUAUGCCGGGAGGACAGAGUUGGUCAGAGAUGGUCUCUCUGCUGGAAGCCUGGACUUGCGAAUCAUGGGGCUGAGACCCUCUGAUGAUGGCCUGUACAUCUGCACUGUGGGAGAUGCUGAUGCUUAUGACGAAGCCAUUGUGGAGCUGGAGGUGUCAGCCACAGGCGCUGACCCCCACCUCUCCCUGGGGGGCUACAACGCCAGAGGCGUCCGGGUGCUGUGUCGAUCGGCCGGCUGGUACCCGCUGCCACAGCUGCUGUGGAGGGAUGCUCGUGGGCAGCACCUUCCCUCGGUCUCCCAGACACAUUCCCAGGACCAGGAGGGGCUCUUUGAAAUUAAAGGCGCCGUCGUCGUGACCGGCAGUAUGAAGGGGCCCUUGUCCUGUGUGGUCAGGAACAGCCGCAUCCAGCAGGAGAGGAAAUUUUCCCUGCACAUCGCAGCUCCCUUCUUCCACAAUGCCCAGCCCUGGAUGGUGGCUCUGGCUCUGGUCCUCGUGCUUUUGGCUGUGUCCAUUGGCCUCGGUGUUUAUCUCUUUCGAAAGCAAGCGGCACAGAGCCGAGAGCUGGCAGCGAAAAAGGAUGCAAAGCUGGAGAAACAAGCUGCAGAGCUGGCAUGGAGAAGGUUUCUGAUGUCUCAUAAUAGAGAGAAGGUGACCCUGGAUCCGGACACAGCUCAUCCUGAACUUGUUGUGUCUCAGGACAAGAGCAGUGUGAGAUGCGAAAUUGAACAGAAGCAGGUUCCUGACACAUCAGAGAGAUUUGAGAACCGGUGGUGUGUGCUGGGCCUUGAGGAGUUCAGAGAGGGGAGGCACUGCUGGUUGGUGGAGGUGGAGGGAGAGUGGGUAAAGUACUCAGGGUGGGCUGUGGGGGUGGCCGGGGCUUCUAUGGAGAGAAGGAAGAGGAUGAACAUGAGCCCUGAAGGAGGGAUCUGGGCUCUGCAGUACGAUGAGGGGCAGCUCAAGUCUCUCACAUCUCCUCCCACCCCCUUGUCCCUGUCCCCUAUCCCCACGAGGAUCUGGGUCUGUCUGGACUGUACCCAGGGGCAGGUGUCUUUCAUCAACGCUGACAAUGGGGUCCAGAUCUUCACUUUCACAGCAGCCUCCUUCAAUGGGGAGAGCAUCCGCCCCUGGUUCUGGCUGGAUAAAUCGGGAAUUCAGCUGUACCUGAGGGACAGCACCCACCAGACCCUGUCCCCAGCCCUGGGGGGCUCCAGCCCUUUUCCAGACACUCCUGCAUCACCUCUACUUGGUCCUGCAGGAGCAGAACAGGUAUGAGGGGCAAUGGGGCCAGGGGCUGCCCCGUGUUCCUCCCUGCUGCUGGAGGAGGGCUGGGAUGCUACAAGCAGGUGCCAGGCCCCUUGCAGCCCCUGGGCUCUGCCCUGCACAGGGCUCCUGUGCUGGGGCACAAGCCCUGCUGGCACCCACGGGUCUCACCCUGCCUCUGAGCCCCAGCGGGCAGCACAGGGGCUGCAGCAGCUCUCCACGCUCCUCUCCCCUCUGCUUGAACUGCUUGCAGACCCCAGGGCAAGGGAUGUGGUCACCAUGUGCUGCUGGCCAGUGCAGGCCACCUUUGCCUCCUAGUUCGGGGUUGAUCCUUGCUCUGUGCCUGGUGCUGAGCAUGAGCAGCCUGUGGGGGCUCUUUGUUCCCUGCUCUGGAACACAUCAAGGCCCAGCAGCAGCAGGACUGUGGCAAAUAAAGUUUUGUACAGGAAGA